AUGGCAUCUCCGAGUGAGAGUAGGUCGCUGUUGCCGUCAGAGUUCGGCAACUCUACGCCUUCUGCCUACGGUGCUUCCUUGAACCCCAAUGACAACCCAGAGUUCACUUCUAGGAAUGUGUUGGAGAGAAAUGUUUUGCGAAAGCUAGACUUCAGAACAGCGUAUCUUGUUCUUAUCUACAUCUUGAAUCAGAUGGAUCGACAUAAUGCUGCCGCUGCAAGGCUUCGUGGUUUCGAGGAAGACCUCGGCAUGGAGGGUACACAAUUCAAUACGUUGAUCAGCAGUUUAUACAUCGGUUAUUUGUUCACGCAAGCACCUUCAAAUAUGAUUCUCACUCGCAUAACAAAACCAUCGCUAUAUCUAUCGAGCUGUAUGUCGCUAUGGGGUCUCCUGACCACUCUCAUUGGUGUCUACUACCAAGCACUUUCCUUACGCUUUCUGGUGGGAUUUUUAGAGGCUACAUUUUAUCCUGGUGCUUUAUAUCUGCUUUCGAGAUGGUAUAAGCGAGAAGAGCUUGGGUACAGGACCGCGUUCUUCAUGGUAGCAGUCGGUUUUAGCAAUGCUUUUGGUUCUCUGUUUGCCUUUGGAAUUCUGGCGACCAUGGAGGGGUUUCUCGGCUAUGCAGCCUGGAGGUGGUUGUUUUUCGUAGAGGGCUAUUUGACAGUUUUUGUCGGCAUUUGCGGGAUGUUCAUACUUCCUGAUUUUCCUUCGAGCCCUGCACGUUGGCUCACGUCCGCGGAGCUUUCUCUUGCUCGAAAGCGGAUGGAAGAGGAUUUGAGAGGCUACGGUCCCGCUGAACCUAAUUCAUCCGGCGGCUUUUCCGAUCUCCUGUCGAUUAUCACAGAUUGGAGCGCGUGGUUGAUUGCCACAGCAAGCGCUUGCUGUUGUGCAUCACUGUCAUUUAACCAGUUCUUCCCAACAUUGGUGGCCACAAUGGGGUACUCGCCUACCAUCAGUCUUCUGCUAUGUGCGCCACCAUGUUUUGUGAGCAUAAUCACCGCAAUUAUUGUUGCACGUCAUUCUGAUGCGACGCGUGAACGCUUCGGGCACAUGGUCUUUGCAUUGUUGAUGUUAAUUACAGGAUAUAUUGUGGCUAUGUCUACGAUGAAUAUCACCAUUCGCUACCUCUCAUUGUUUUUCAUGGCUCAGUCGCAGGUCUCGGGUGCUGUCUUGUUAACGUGGAUCAGUAACACAUUCGCUCAUUCCAGCUCCAAGCGAGCAGUUGCGAUCGGGUCCAUCAACUCCAUUGCAAUGUUGGGAAGCGUCCUAUCGUCGUACAUCUGGGUAUCGAGCCGGGGUCCGACAUAUAACAACUCAUGCCGCAUCUGCGUCGCGCUGGCCAGCAUAGCUAUAAUACUAUGUUGGGUCUUUAAGCGGCAUCUUGAGCGAUUGAAUGAAGCUACCGAAGCGGAAGAGCGUGAACUGCGCCUUCCCAAAGGUUAUAGGUAUAUAUUGUAA